GAAAUGUACCAGGGAUAUAUAAGGACGUUGGCGCGGGAUUUCUAGUUAACAGAAAUGUGAACCAAAACGAUCACCUCUUCGGAGAAAUUUAUCUUACGGCCCUAAAGGGCGAGUGUAGUGCUGAACGACGCGCAGAGGAGAAAACGAAAUCAAAAUGGUGAAAUUUUCGGAAGAACAAUUACGGCGGGUGAUUUCCCGGCCAAGUCAGAUUCGGAAUAUCUCGGUGAUUGCCCAUGUUGACCAUGGUAAGACCACCCUCACCGAUUCCCUUCUGUCCCGGGCGGGGGUCAUUUCUGCCCAGCAUGCUGGAGAAAAGUGUGCCAUGGACACAAGAAAGGAUGAACAACUCAAGGGAAUAACCAUUAAGUCGACGGCCAUUUCUCUCUUUUACGAAGUGGAGACUAGCAUGUUACCCAAGGCGCAUGCUCAACAGGAGGGGGAGGAAACCCGCGAGUACCUCGUCAAUCUGAUUGAUUCCCCUGGUCACGUGGAUUUCUCCUCUGAAGUGACGGCUGCGCUGAGAGUGACAGACGGAGCCCUCGUUGUGGUAGACAGCAUCAGUGGUGUGUGCGUUCAGACAGAGACGGUGCUCCGACAAGCUCUAGCGGAGAGAAUCAGACCGGUUCUGAUGAUAAAUAAGCUGGACAGGUGUAUCUUUGAGACCCAGCUGGAACCCGAGGAGCUUUACUGUAAACUGCGAGACACAAUCGAACACGUGAAUGUCAUCUUAUCCACGUACAGCGAGAACGAUAGCUCAUUGGCUGACACAAGGUUGGACCCCUCUUUGGGAAAUGUCGCUUUUGGAUCCGGUUUGCAUCGUUGGGGGUUCACACUGCGGCGGUUUGCUAAGAUGUACGCAGCCAAACUCGGAACUGAUGAGGAGAAACUCAUGAAGAAACUGUGGGGAAAUCAUUAUUACAACCCAGACACCAGAAAGUGGAGCCAAACCGGUGGGGAAGGUUACGUCAGGGGUUUUAACAAAUUCAUUCUGGAACCUCUGUUUAAGAUGCUAAAAGCAACAAAGUCCAUGGAAAAAGAGGACAUAUUCAAGCUGACCGAAAAACUAGGCUUGAAACUUACCACCGAAGAGCGGUCACUAGAGGGAAAGGAAUUCAUGAGGAAUGUGAUGAUGAAAUGGCUACCGGUGGGUGACGCCAUGCUGGAGAUGAUCAUCGUUCACCUCCCUUCUCCCUGUGUUGCCCAGAAAUACCGGACAGAGAUUCUGUACGAAGGCCCCAACGACGACGAAGUAGCUGUUGCAAUGAAACAGUGCAAUGCUGAUGGACCCCUCAUGGUUUACAUCUCCAAAAUGGUACCUUCCACUGACAAAGGUCGCUUCUUUGCCUUCGGGCGAGUCUUUUCUGGCACCCUAUCCUCGGGAAUGAAAGUCCGCGUCAUGGGUCCUCAGUACGAGCCCGGGAAAUCCCACGAUCUGUUCCACAAGACCAACCCCCGGGCCGUCAUCCUGAUGGGCAGCAAGAUCACCUCGGUGGGUGACGUCCCGUGCGGUAAUAUCGUGGGUAUUGGAGGAAUAGACAAGUUCCUUGUCAAAUCGGGAACCGUGACAACUUUUGAGAAAGCCCAUAAUAUGAAGGUGAUGAAGUUUUCGGUGAGUCCAGUGGUUAGAGUGGCUGUAGAAGUAGUACAGGCCAACGAUCUACCCAAACUUGUGGAAGGUCUUCAGCGAUUGGCUAAAUCCGACCCCAUGGUGCAGUGUUCCUUCGAAGCUGGACAGCAUAUAGUUGCUGGCGCAGGGGAGCUCCAUCUUGAAAUCUGUCUAAAAGACCUGGAGGAGGAGCUAGCUUGUGUGCCAAUCAGAAAGUCGGAGCCUGUCGUCAGCUACAGAGAAACCGUCUCACAAAAGUCAAGUCAAGUUUGUCUAUCAAAGUCCGGAAAUAAACACUGCAGGGUGUACAUGACAGCCGAACCAAUGCCCGAUGGUUUGCCGGAAGAAUUUGACUCUGGAAAAGUAACGGGAAUGAAAGAUGUCAAAGAGCGAGGAAAGUUUCUGUCCGAGGAAUUUGGAAUGGACUCUCACCAAACAAGGAAAAUCUGGUGCUUUGGCCCCUCCACCUCGGGGCCCAAUAUGCUGAUGGACGUGACCAAGGCCUGUCAGUAUCUGCACGAGGUCAAGGACACAGUGGUCGCCGGCUUCCAAUGGGCGACGGAAGAGGGUGUUCUAUGUGAAGAAAACAUGCGAGGAGUACAGUUUAACUUGGAGGAUCUUGUGGCUCACUCAGACCCCGCCCACCGCAAGGGGGCUCAGAUGAUCCCGGCGACCAGAAGGUGUCUCUUUGCCUCCUUCCUGACAGCUAGUCCCCGAAUACUGGAACCCGUCUACCAGGUCGACAUCGAUGUUCCGCCAUCAGUAAUGGGCGGGGUUUUCAAUGUGUUGUCAAAGCGACGAGGUCAUGUGAUCGAAGAACAGCAGAAAUCGGGUUCACCUAUGUACAGCAUCAAAGCCCAUCUUCCUGUUAACGAAUCUUUCGGUUUCGCUGCGGAGUUGAGAGGACAAACUGGUGGGCAAGCCUUCCCACAAUGCGUCUUCGAUCACUGGCAGUUGCUUCCCGGCGAUCCUCUUGAGCAGACGACACGUGCAGGAGCCGUGGUAACAAACAUACGUCAGAGGAAGGGACUGAACCCUGUCAUACCAAAGCUAGAUAACUUUUUGGACAAACUUUAAUUGACAAAAUUAUUAUACAAAUCCUGGUAAAACUUAAAAAUUACUUUAAAAAGAGACAUGUAUACAUCGCUGAAAGUGUGAAAUAUUGAAAAAAUAAAUGAAAUAUAAUAAUUACAGAACAUAUAAUUAUGUGUUGUGUUUUAUUUAGCCAUUGACAAGACUUUUAGAAAAAAUAUUUUUUUUUCUAAACCAUGUGUUUAAAGCCAAAUCUGUAUGUCGAAUUUUAAAAUUUUAAAUACAUGUAUGAUAAAUGUACAUGUAUUAUAUAGCAUGUUUUUAGAAAGAAAAAAUAUGAACGAUCAAUCUAUCCAAAUGAGGUUCCACACAAUCAAACAGUAUCGGCAUUGAUUUCAUGUAUAUACAUCGCUGAAAGUGUGAAGUGUUACAAAAAUAAAUAAAAUU